AUGGACUUCGCAUCUCUGAUGUCCGCGCAGAUCGCCAAGGCGAAGGGCGAGACCGCGAAGCCAGACACCAGCGCGACCAGCAAAAAGUUCACCAAGAACUCCGAGGCCGAGGAGAAGCGCCGCGCGGCCUACCUGGCCGAGCAGAGGGCCCUCGAGGAGGAGCGCCAGGCCCGCGCCGCCGCCAAGCGCAAGCGCGAGGAGGACGCCGCCGAGGAGGCCCGGGCGCGCGAGGAGAAGCGCAAGAAGCUCGCCGAGGAGACGAGGCGGCGGCGCGAGGAGCGCGAGGCCGAGGAGGAGAAGGCGCGGCGGCGGCGCCUCGGCCUGCCCGAGCUGCCGCCCAGCGCGGACGACGUGUCGGCGAACCCGGAGAACAACGACGAGGACGACCUCGAGGAUGACGAGGCGGAAGCGUGGACGGCGGACGAGGUGCGGGCCAAGCUGCGCGAGCUGGGCCACCCGGCCACGCUGUUCGGCGAGGCGGACGCGCAGCGGCUCAAGAGGUACAGGCGCCUCACGCGCGUGGUGACGCAGGGGCCCAUCCCGACGACGCUGCGGCUGGUGGAGGAGAAGGACAUGAAGGUGCCCGACACCGUCCCGGAGGACAAGGCGGGGCGGCGGUAUCUGUACCGGCAGCUGGCGAGCUACUUCACCAUGGUGCUGGGGGAGUGGGAGAAGGCGCUGCAGCGGGAGGCCCGGGACACGCUGGCCGGCAAGGCGGCCUACAACGCCAUGGUGCAGAGCAAAGAGACGAUGAAACCGCUGUUCCGCAAAUUCGAAAAGGGCGAUCUGGACGACAGCAUCCUGAAAGCCGUGGUUGAAAUUGUCAAGGCGGCCCAGGAGCGGCGAUAUGUCGAUGCCAAUGACGGAUACUUGCGGCUGAGCAUCGGCAAAGCGGCCUGGCCCAUCGGUGUGACCAUGGUGGGUAUCCACGAGCGAAGCGCGCGCGAGAAGCUGCACAACGGCGAGAGGGGCCAUGUCAUGGGCGACGAGGUCACACGCAAGUUUCUUCAGAGUAUUAAGCGCUGUUUGACAUUUGCCCAGGUGAGGUGGCCUCCUGAGGAUGUGAGACAGUUGAUGGGCUGA